AUGUCCUUCCCGCAGCUGGGCUACCCGCAGUACCUGAGCCCCGCGGGGCCCGGCGCCUACGGCGGCGAGCGCCCGGGAGUGCUGGCCGCGGCUGCCGCGGCGGCCGCCGCCGCCUCGUCGGGCCGGCCCGGGGCGGCGGAGCUGGGCGCGGGCGCGGGCGCGGCCGCCGUCACCUCGGUGCUGGGCAUGUACGCGGCGGCCGGCCCGUACGCGGGCGCGCCCAACUACAGCGCCUUCCUGCCCUACGCCGCGGACCUCAGCCUCUUCUCGCAGAUGGGUUCACAGUAUGAGCUCAAGGACAACCCCGGGGUGCACCCCGCCACCUUCGCCGCCCACACGGCGCCGGCCUAUUACCCCUACGGGCAGUUCCAGUACGGGGAUCCUGGGCGGCCCAAGAACGCCACGCGCGAGAGCACGAGCACCCUCAAGGCCUGGCUCAACGAGCACCGCAAGAACCCCUACCCCACCAAGGGCGAGAAGAUCAUGCUGGCCAUCAUCACCAAGAUGACCCUCACGCAGGUCUCCACCUGGUUCGCCAACGCGCGCCGGCGCCUCAAGAAGGAGAACAAGGUGACGUGGGGCGCGCGCAGCAAGGACCAGGAGGACGGCACUCUCUUCGGAAGCGAUACCGAGGGGGACCCUGAGAAGGCCGAGGACGACGAGGAGAUCGACCUGGAGAGCAUCGACAUCGACAAGAUCGACGAGCACGACGGCGACCAGAGCAACGAGGAUGACGAGGACAAAGCCGAGGCGCCGCGCGCGCCCGCCGCGCCUGCCGCCCUCGCCCGGGACCAGGGCUCGCCGCUGGCGGCCGCCGACACGUUCAAGCCCCAAGACUCCCCCCUGGGCCUGGCCAAGGAGGUCCCGGAGCCUGGCAGCACGCGCCUGCUGAGUCCGGGCGCCGCGGCGGGCGGCCUGCAGGGCGCGCCGCACAGCAAGCCCAAGAUCUGGUCGCUGGCCGAGACGGCCACCAGCCCCGACGGCGCGCCCAAGGCCUCGCCGCCUCCCGCCGGCCAUGCGGGCGCGCACGGGCCCCCCGCGGGCGCGCCGCUGCAACACCCGGCCUUCCUGCCCAGCCACGGACUGUACACCUGCCACAUCGGCAAGUUCUCCAACUGGACCAACGGCGCGUUCCUCACGCAGGGCUCGCUGCUCAACGUGCGCUCCUUCCUGGGCGUUGGCGCGCCCCACGGCCCGCACCUGUCCGCGCCGCCGCCGCCGCCGCAGCCACCCGUCACCGUGGCCGCGGGGGUGCUCCACGGCGACAAGGCCUCGUCCCGCAGCAGCCCCUCGCUCCCAGAGAGAGACCUCAUCCCCAGGCCGGACUCGCCGGCACAGCCGUUAAAGUCGCCCUUCCAGCCCGUGCGCGACAACUCGCUGGCCCCGCAGGAGGGGACGCCGAGGAUCCUAGCAGCCCUCCCAUCAGCCUGAUCCAGGGGCUUCUUUUACUUUUGCGGGG